AUGAACUUGAGAUCAAAGAAUGUGGUAUCUUGUUUAUUCUAUCGACCCUGGUUAGGGGUACCCCUGGGUAUAUGGAUUGCAGUUUCUGUAGUGUACUAUUGGUGGCUGAUAUCUCGGAUAAAUGUUUUGGAAACCCAGAAUGAAGUAUUUAAGUCUCAAUUAAAGCUAUCUCAAAAUGUUAUGAGACAGGUAGCUGUUGUAUCUGAUACUACAUAUAAUAUUCCUGUGAUCCCAGAUGCAGUUGGGACUAUUUGUGAGACAAUUCACAUAGCCUUAGUGUGCAUGGGAAAAUGCACUCGCAUAAUCAUGCCUAUGCUAAAAUCAUUACUCCAGCAUCGCCAGAAUCCUAUACAUUUCCAUUUUAUUGUGGAUUCAGCUUCUCAGCAUACUACAACAAAAUUGUUUGACACAUGGGAUUUGCCAGAUGUAAAGUAUACAUGCUACAAUGCACAAAACCAUCUCUCCCAAGUGCGUUGGAUUCCUAACAGCCAUUACUCAGGUGUCUACGCCUUGGUAAAGCUGCUCUUCCCUGAUAUAUUGCCCAGCACAUUACCACAGGUUAUUGUGCUAGAUUCAGACCUAACAUUUUUGUCUGAUGUAGCUGAUCUUUGGAAUAUGUUCAGGAAUAUGAGUGAUGAGCAGUUAAUCGGAUUGGUAGAGAAUGAAAGCAACUGGUACUACGACACCGCUAAACGAUGGCCAGCGUUGGGAAGAGGAUACAACACUGGUGUAAUGUUACUAGAUCUAACAAAAAUUCGCUCUACCAUUGACUGGACAUCACUUUGGCAUAACGCCGUAAAUGAGAACAUAGAGCGAUUGAAGCAAACAACUCUCGCCGAUCAAGAUGUGAUAAAUGCGGUUAUACAGAAGAAUCCAAGAUUUGUUUACAAUAUAAGCUGUCAAUAUAAUGUACAGAUGUCCACGAAGACUCUUGCCAAAGGUUGUUACGGUGAAGACAGAGACAAUGUUAAGAUCAUACAUUGGAACUCACCCACCAAAUAUAACAUCAGGAUACGGGACGCUGAUUACUUCAAGAAUAUUCACCAAUCCUAUGUGAACUUUGAUGGUAACCUGCUAAAAGAAAAGCUGCACAGGUGUUCGCAUACAGAAUCAGUAACUUAUAAGAUAAACCAUUCGGACUUAUGCCUAAGUUUCCGCGCGGCGCAGCGUGUUAAACUUCGGACACAUUUAUACUAUAUGGAGUAUACGUACACGGAUAUAGACAAUUUUGACGUCACACUCGUCUUACAGUUGUCCAUGGACCGCCUGCAGUUUCUCGAGAGAUUAGUUAAGUACUGGGAAGGUCCUUUAAGUGCUGCCAUCUAUCUGUCGGACUGUGAAGUGACGAAAUUCGAGAGUUUUAUCCGCGAUUGGUCGGACACACUCAGCACCAGACGAAACAUAGGUUACCAUUUAGUUUUCAAACAUGAUGGGGUACACUAUCCAGUGAACUAUCUCCGGAACGUUGCGCUUGAAAAUGUAAACACGCCCUACGUUUUCUUAAUGGAUGUUGACUUUGUACCGAUGGCGGGACUUUACGAUCACCUGCGAAACGCAAUCAAGCUAAUCAACCCUUACGCUCAGAAAAAGUGUUUGGUGGUAGCGGCGUUUGAGACGCAGCGCUACAGGGCUUCGCCCCCGCGGAGCAAGGCGUCGCUGCGCGCGCGGCUGGCGGCCGACGUGGCGCCCUUCAGGGCUCGCGAGUGGCCGCGCGGACACCGCGCCACUAACUACACCAAAUGGCUCACCGCAACGGCUCCGUAUGAGGUGGAAUGGCAACCUGAUUACGAACCGUAUCUCGUCGUGCAUCGGAGCGUGCCUAAAUACGACACGAGGUUCUCUGGUUUCGGUUGGAAUAAGGUGUCGCACAGCGUGGAGCUGCGCGCGCAGGGCUACCGCGCGGCCGUGCUGCCGGGCGCCUUCGUGGUGCACACGCCGCACGCGCCCUCGCACGACAUCACCGCCUUCCGAGCGGACCCGCGCUACAGGAUAUGCCUCGCCAUUUUGAAACAAGAGUUCAUGGAUGAUUUGAAAAGGAAAUACAACGUGACCUUCGACGAGCCAUCCAAACCGGACUCGAUUUACUUGGGGCAGGCUAAAAGUUUACUGCUCAAUCAGAAAAACAAAGACAAAUAG